AUGCUACAACGAAUAGGACAAGUCGUGCAGGCACGAUUCAAGUCCACGAAGAGUUGGAAACCGCUUUCAGCGGAAGAAUAUAAAAAGUUAUUGGCAGAAUCAGACGAUACCCGAGAACAAAGAUUACCCCAAUGGCAGAAACGGGAUAUUGCCCAUAAGCACAGAUAUGGUGAAUGGAAGCCUACAAAGAAGCUCAGUCGACAGCAGAUGGCCGAUAUUAGAAGUUUAAAAGAGGAUCAUCCUCUGUUAAAGACCGUGCAACUUGCUAACCAUUAUAAUGUUAGUCCUGAAGCAGUUCGCAGAAUUCUUCGAAGUAAAUGGGUUCCAAAUGAUGCUGAAGAGACCAAGAUUGCAGAGCGAGCAACAAAAAGAAAGUUGGGAGCAGUUGAACUGAGACAGAAACUGGUGGAACAUAUAGAAGAUGAGAUUCAGAAACUACAUCGAAACAAGAGUGUUGAUGUUGAUUCUGUGCGAAUAGCUUCUCAACACGAUAGUAGAAGAACCAGAAAAAACAACUCGUUCAAUAGAAAUCGUGAUCGUGAUUUACUGCCACAUCCACAACAACAUAGGAACCGUCGUAGACCCCCUUCAGUUGUUCACAACCUUGAGGACCUUAUAGAUUAG